CCGCGAGUCUCCUUGGGGCCGUCCCUGGCAGCGGCCUGGUGGUGCCGGGCGAAGAUGGGCGGCGGGAGCAGUACCCGGCGUGUCACCUUCGAGGCGGAUGAGAAUGAGAACAUCACGGUGGUGAAGGGCGUGCGGCUGUCUGACAGUGUCAUUGAUCGUAUGAAGGAACCUUCUUCACCCAGUGGAAGACCCCAGCACCGAUCAGCAUCUGGUGCAGUUAAUGAUGAAGAACUAAAGAAAAGAAUAGCUGAAGAACUGGCAUUAGAACGAGCCAGGAGAGACUCUGAAGCUCAGAAAAGAAGAUUAAAACAAGAGCAAGCAUAUGUCCGUGACGAGUUUGGCAAACUUCUGGAACGGGAGAGGAUUUCAUCCAACGAGCAUUUGACUCGAGCCAUUCUUCACGAGAGAGCGGCGACGGAGGAGGAGCGGCAGAAGGCACAGCGUUAUGCCAAGCAGCUGGAAGAGAAAGACAGAGAACUGAAGAAGCAUGAUGCCUACUACAAAGAGCAGCUGGCUCGACUGGAAGAAAGGAGUGCCCAGUUCUACAAAGUGACCACAGAGCAAUACCAAAAAGCUGCUGAUGAAGUGUCAUCUCGGUUCAAGCGAUACGAGUCCCAUCCGAUCUGUGCUGAGCUCCAGGAUAAAAUCCUCCAGUGUUAUCAGCAACACCCUCAGGAGACCCUCAGCUGCUCUGCCCUGGCUAGCCAGUACCUGCAUUGUGUCAAUCAGGCCAAACAGAGCAUGCUUGGGAGAGGAGGAUAAAGGCACUGUCCAAAUCAAGCACAAGACCAUCAACUCUAAUUUCAGCAGAAGAGCAUUUUUUUUUCCCCCCAAAAAUGAUAUGACAGCCCAUUUACAGGGCAGACCAAUAAAGAGAAGAACUGGAAGAGCCAUUUCAAGAGCAGCAGCCAUCACAGUUCAAUCAACGUGACCAUUUGAAAAGCCAAGACCUGUAUCUUAUUACAUCAGAAAUCACACACCCCAAGACACUGUUCGGCCGUAGUAAAAUCCACUUACUGGUGAUUGAAGGAAGGAAAAGAAAAGAACCUUUCACUGACCUUAGAAAGGAGAAAUAUCCUUCAAAUGCUGCUGUUUCAUCAUAGAAUCUCCUCAAAGCCUUCCCUCUGUCAAAGGCACAGGUAUGUAACCCUUGCUGUGCCGGGCUGCGGUGGCACCCCGAGCGACUCGGCUGCUGCUCCUCACCCUGCAGCCUGUGUUUGUUGCUCCUACUCAAGUUUUCCUUACAGUGUAUGGUGAUGUCAGUUGUGCUUUAACUUACCUCACAAAUGUAACUUAAUGAAGGCUCUCUGCAGGCCCUUCUGCUGGAAGGGUGUUAAUGAUCCAACCCUUCAGAUGUAACACGGCCUUUACUUGUGUGAAAUGGUUCGGUUGUGCUCCUGACUCCUUUCAAGUGCUGACUGAAUAUGCCUCACUCUGUACCAACAAUAAAUGUCUUUUAUGCACAAGA